UCAAUAACGAAGACGAAGAAGAACAUAAACAGGAAGCCACAAAAGGCGAGUAGGUUGUGUUUUUUAUACGGCGAAGUCUGUCUUUUUCUCCUUAAUAAUCUUACAGACCCAAACAAUACAUCAAAAUGGGGAAGCGACAGCACCAAAAAGACAAAAUGUACAUCACGUGUUCAGAGUACACACACUUCUAUGGAGGAAAGCGAGCAGAAAUUCCAAAGGCAAACUUCAGACGACUUCCAUUUGACCACUGCAGCUUGUCCCUUCAACCAUUUGAGUAUCCUGUGUGUACUGAGGAGGGGGUGGUCUUUGACCUGCUGAGCAUUGUCCCAUGGAUCAAGAAAUAUGGUACUGAUCCAGCCACCGGAGAGAAACUGGAGGCAAAGUCCCUCAUCAAACUGAACUUUUCCAAGAACAACGAUGGAAAGUAUCACUGCCCCGUUCUGUACAAUGUCUUCACCAACAAUUCUCACAUCGUUGCCAACAAGGUCACCGGCAAUGUGUUUUCUAAUGAGGCUGUUGAGCAACUCAACAUUAAGACCAAAAGUUUUAAAGAUCUGCUAACCGAUGAACCCUUUACCAGAAAGGACAUCAUAACUCUUCAGGACCCUACAAACCUCGAUAAAUUCAACGUUUCCAACUUCUUCCACGUAAAAAACAACUUGAAAGUGUUGGAUCCAGAUGAGGAAAAGGCCAAGCUGGACCCAGCUUACCACCUGAAUAGCACCAACCUCGAGACCAGGGAGACCUUAGCCGAGCUCUACAAAGACUACAAGGGGGAUCAGCUUCUGGCUUCCACUUCGAAAGAGCCGGUGGCUAAGAAGACAGACAAAUUAAAUGCUGCCCACUAUUCCACAGGCAGAGUUUGUGCUUCCUUCACAUCCACAGCCAUGACUCCUGUAACAACACAUGAAGCAGAUGCCAUUGCAGACGACACCGUGCGUUACCAAUAUGUGAAGAAAAAAGGCUACGUCCGUCUGCACACAAACAAGGGAGACCUGAAUGUUGAGUUGCACUGUGAUAAGGUUCCCAAAGCUGGAGAGAAUUUCAUCCGUCUGUGCAAAAAAGGCUACUAUGAUGGGACAAUCUUCCACAGAUCUAUCCGGAAUUUCAUGAUUCAAGGAGGGGACCCCACUGGCACAGGCACAGGAGGGGAAUCCUUCUGGGGAAAACCUUUCAAGGAUGAGUUUCGGCCCAACCUCUCUCAUACUGGCCGCGGGGUUCUGAGCAUGGCAAAUUCGGGUCCAAACACCAAUAAAUCCCAAUUCUUCAUCACGUUCCGGUCGUGCACCUACCUCGACAGGAAGCACACAGUCUUUGGAAGGAUUGUUGGUGGAUUUGAGGCACUCACAGCCAUGGAGAAUGUGGAGAGUGAUCCCAAAUCAGAUAAACCGAAGUCGGAGAUCAAGAUCAUAAGUGCGACUGUGUUUGUGGACCCGUACGAAGAGGCUGAUGCUCAGAUUGCAGCUGAACGAGAAAAGGAGCUUCAGAAACAGGAGGAGGAGAAGCAGCAGACCAGCAUUGCCCAGAAGAAAGCAAAGGAGGAACAGGCGCCAAAGACCUUCAAAGCAGGCGUGGGGAAAUACAUCAACCCUGCCACAAUAAAACGUCCAGCCGCUGACGAUGAAAGCGGGCCAUCCACCAGCGGAGUGGUGGCCAAGAAGUCCAAAGCCAAGACGAGCUUCGGAGACUUCAGCUCCUGGUAGCACAGACACAUCCAGCAUUUACCAGUCUGUAUUUUUACUGGUCAUGUUGAUAAAACAUGUAUUUCACUUUCAUACUUGUCUAAUUGUCUAUUGUCUCGCAAUUGUGUUGUGAAACAAGAAAUUAAAGUGACUUUUUAAAAAUUUUAA